AUGGAGCGGUCGACUUUAUCACCAGGAGACAAACAGUCCCAAAUCCCGAAUUCAAAUACCAGCACUCCAUCGGGUGACCCGACCAGCACCAGCGAUGUCCCGCACGUCACUCCAUCCAGCCAGGGUAAACCGCCUGAACUCUCCUCGCGCACAGCAGAAAUAUUAUUCAUCACAAUAUGCUCGGCGGGCCAACUCUUCUUCGCGGUGUUCCUCGCGAACACCCUUGUGAAUCAAUCCACCCUCAUAGCAGCCUUAGGAAGCAGCUCCUCGCUCUCCCCAUGGUUAAUCGGCUCAUUCCUACUCGCAAACGGCAUCUCGGUUGUCAUCUCGGGUUCUCUAGCGGACCUUACAGACCCCCGAUCCCUAACAGUGGGUGCCUUCAUCUGGCUCACGAUAUGGAACCUGAUCGGCGUCUUCUCGAUAAAUCCACAUAUGAUGGUCUUGUAUUUCGUCGUACGGGCCAUGCAGGGUCUCGCUGUGGGUGUGUUGGAGUCCACGGCCAUGAGCAUGCUAGGUCGCAUUUACAAUCCCGGUCAACGGAAGAAUAAUGUAUUCGCGGCCAUGUCUGCUAUGAUUCCAAUGGGAUUCGGAAUUGGCGCGCUGCAGGGUGGGGCAUUGAGUGCGCACUUGGAAUGGGUCUUUGGUUCCAGUGCUAUCCUGUGUUUCGUUUGUGUCCCCGCUGCUAUCUGGGCUGUUCCAUCCCUGGAGCCGUCGGGGAGUUCUGGGGAGCGCUUGUCGAUUAGGGAUUUUGAUUUUCUGGGCGCUGCGAUCAGUGUGUCUGCUUGUGGUGUAUUGAUCUUUGGUCUUACUCAAGGUUCGCCGACACACUGGACGCCGUAUACUUAUGCAUUGGUUAUCGUGGGCAUUCUGCUGUUUGUCGCUUUCUACUUUGUAGAAAGAUGGGUGUCGCGGCCGUUGAUUGAUAAUCGGCUGUGGAAAACACCUGGUUUUUUGCCUUUGAUCGUUUCAUAUUUCCUUGGAUAUGGGGCGUAUGUCGGUGGUUGGAUGUUCUAUGCUGUUCGAUUCUUCCUAACGAUUCAAGGCCACAGUCCGAUCAUCGUGGCAUGUUACUUGAUACCGAUCUCGAUUGCCGGGGCAGUGGCUACAUGCCUUGUCGCUCGAAGCUUGCACGUUCUCCCCGGCCACUAUAUCUUGAUUACUAGCAUGAUUGCAUUUGGUCUUGGACCGGUAUUCUUUCUACCCCAGACUGCACACACGACAUAUUGGGCUCUCGCCUUCCCGGGCAUCAUUCUGUCGACUUUUGGACCGGACAUGUCGUUUGCUGCAGCAUCGAUCUUCAUCACAUCCAAUGUGCCCAAGUCAUUUCAGGGAUCGGCAGGAAGCCUGCUGAUCACAAUGCAGAACCUCUCGUCUGCGGUAUUCACUGCCAUUGGCGAUAGCAUAGGCGAGAAGGUGACGAGCUUGGAUGGGUACUCACUCGAUCUGCAAUCUCUGCGGGCUAUUUGGUGGUUCAGCUUCGGAUCUUCCAUGCUUGGUGUGCUAAUCUGUGUUGCUUUCGUGCGAAUUCCCAAAAGUGAAGAAAAGGAGCAUGUUCAGUAA